GAACCAGGAGACGCAACCACAAAAGCUGUCAGACUGGAACAACAGCGCCCACAAUGGCCAGCACAAUCUUUGGCCGACUUUUUGUUCCCUCACUAAGGCGGUUUGCGUUUCCAGCCCCUGUCUCUCACGCCCCUUUGGCCUCUUCCAUCACCAGUUCCAUCCGCCAAACGCGUCUCUUCUCCUCAACUCCUGCCCAAAAUGCGACUGUAAUGCAGGUCCUCAGGGGCUGCCGUAAGGGCAAGCGAGCUCGCCACGCCGUCUCCCCCGCGCUUGCCGAAACCAAAUCACCUCUCCUCAAGGGAGUCUGCAUCAAAGUCGGCAUUCAACGUCCCAAGAAGCCCAACUCGGGCCAGCGCAAGACCGCCCGUGUGCGUCUGUCCUCUGGUCGUCAGAUCACCGCGUAUAUCCCUGGCGAGGGUCACAACAUUCAGCAGCACAGCGUCGUCCUCGUCCGAGGCGGACGGAGUCAGGAUUGUCCCGGUGUGAGAUAUCACCUUGUGCGUGGCGCAUUGGACCUUGGUGGUGUGGCGAACAGGACAAAUGCCCGUAGCAAGUACGGCACGCCUAGGCCGAAGAAAGCGACGGCUGGAUAAGAUCCUCGAGACCAGAGAGCAUACUUUCAAUACGACUGGAGAAGGUCAGGAGAGAUGUCACCUUGAGGGUGGUAUAUGAGAGGAGGACAUCGCUAUGUAUUUUUUAUUGUAAAUUCACACCGCAGGUUAUUUGGGAAAUGCGCCCGUCGUCGUUACCAGAGCAAUCUUCCCUUGCAAUUGCUAGGAUUGUAUGAGCAGUCCAUGAAAAACCCUUGACGCCUCCCACAUAAAAAAAAACCCCCAAUACCUCGAUCUGCCUAUUGUCCUAACCAUUCCGGACGAGUAUAGGACAAAUCCCAUUUUCAUAAUAAAUGUAAUGUUAG